UUUAAUACCUUGAUCACUCUUAAGACUUAAGAUUAAAUCGACUGUGUUGCGCAAGCAAGCAAGCAAAGCAAGCACUUUCUCACUUUCUGAUAUCUUGACUCGUUCUCAUCCCGUUUUCAUACUUAGCCCUACCUAUCUCAACGCCAUCACAUACAUACUUCCACAACAACCUACGACACAAUGCGCAGCACACUUUCCCGCACCCCCCCACUAGUCGCGUCGCUCUCAGCCCGACCUUCUAUGUCAAUAUCAGCAUCAGCGUCAGUGUCAUCUUCAUGGUCUCGCGUUCGCUCUCCCUACGCUGUCUCCCGCUUCACCUACAAAACAACAACAAAACAACAGACACCACAAGAGACCAACCACAUCCAAGCGCGUGCACCCGACAUCAAGAACCUAAGCUCUAAGCCGCGGUUCCGCGAAUUCGACCUCGAAGGCCGCGUCUACGCCAUCACCGGGGGCGGACGGGGUCUCGGUCUCGCUAUGGCCGAAGCGCUCCUCGAAGCCGGAGCUAAAGUAUAUUGCCUCGACCGUCUCCAAACCCCACACCCAGACUUUGAGGCCGCCAGAUCUCAUGCUGAAUCGGCCUACGGCGGCAGCCUACACUACCACCGCAUUGACGUGCGCAACGCUGCUGAAACAAACAGCAUCUUUGCAAAGAUCGCCUCUGAGAACUCGCGCCUCGACGGUCUCAUCGCCGCCGCAGGCAUAAACCAUCUGGAACCCGCUCUCUCGCACAGCCCCGAGAAACUCCACGAGGUCAUGGACAUCAAUUAUAACGGCGUCUUUCAUAGUGCCACUGCCGCUGCGCGUCAGAUGUUCAACUACCAGCAAAAGGGUUCCAUCCUGCUCGUGGCUUCCAUGUCUGGCCUUAUCGCCAACAAGGGGAUGACGAGUCCCGUUUACAACUCGAGUAAGGCGGCAGUUGUGCAGCUUGCUCGCAAUUUGGCAAUGGAGUGGGGGAGGCAUGGCAUUCGGGUGAACUCCUUGUGUCCUGGGCACAUUGUCACGCCGAUGGUUGAGAUGGUCUUCCAGAAGGAGCCGGCCGCGAGGGCAGUUUGGGAGGCUGAGAAUAUGCUGGGACGACUGGCGACGCCCGAGGAGUUUAGAGGCGCGGCACUAUUUGCGUUGAGUGAUGCCUCGAGCUUUAUGACAGGGAGUACAAUGCUGAUUGAUGGGGGGCAUACGGCUUGGUGAUUUUCUAUCCUAUUCUGUUUGCAUGGGCCUUGGCUUGAAAAUAAUGUACCAUAUCACACGGCAUCGUCUCGUCUGCUUACUACGUGGGAUGGUCUUGGUAUCACUGAGCGUUUGAAUGAGCGUUGUUUCCUGUUGAUUCGUUUGUCUGUUCAGCCCGGGCACAUACAGGGGUUUUGGUUGCAUUACAGUGUAAAAUAGUAAUCCAUCUAUUUAUCUAGUC